UCCAUUAGUCUUUGAGCAACCUACAAUCUGCAGUGUAGAUCUAAACAUAAACAAUGUGCUUACUGUAGUACUCCCUCUGUAAAGAAAUAUAAGAGGGUUUACAUCACUAAUUUCUUUAGUGAGGGAGUACUUAAUGAUCUUGGAGUUUACAUUGGGGAGCGCCGGUGGAGGAGCGUGGUGAGGAGCUGCCGGCGGAGGGGCGCGACCGGGGGCUGCCGGUGCCUGGUGGAGCGAGAGAGCGAGGGCAGAAGCAACGAGGAGCGGCGCCCCCUCCUUUCCUCGCGGCGGCCGCCGCUGCUCCCAUCGCGAAGAGCCGCGUCGCCCUGUCCUCUUGCGGCGCCCCUCCAUCGGCCUCCUGUAGAUCCAAGCCGGCGCCCUUGCUUCCUCUAGUUUUUCUGCGCCGGCGCCCACCUUCCAGCCGUUUCCAGUCCUAGCGCCGUCGGUCGCCGUCCCGUGGUCUCCCUGCUGUCCGCGGCGCAGCGCUGCCAUUUGGGCCCGGCGGCAGCGGCCUCCCUCUCCCAGCGGCCUCCAAGAAGAGGUUUUUGAUUGUUGUGUGUAGUUUCCGUCAUCGAAAUAUUCUCUGGAAGCAGAUAUCUUGAAUAUUCGUGAAGACCUUGAGCAAGGUUCAGUGACAUAGCAAAUAUUGAGAUUAGCAAUGGAUAGCUUGUUGGAACUGUAUAAUCUGUGGCAAAUCCAGUUGAUUGUGCUUCUUAGCUUCGUUCUACAAGUGUUCCUCUUCUUCACUGGUAGCCUUCGACAGGGUAGCACCAAUGGGUUGCUUAGGGGCACCAUUUGGCUAGCAUAUCUGGGAGCAGACAUGGUAGCAAUUUAUGCCCUAGGGUACCUCUCAAGACAUCAGGAUAAUGGCACAAUGGAAACCCACCCAUUGGUUUUCUUUUGGACUCCUUUCCUCCUCAUUCAUCUCGGUGGGCAGGAUACCAUCACUGCUUUCUCCAUGGAGGACAACAAAUUGUGGUUGAGGCAUUUGCUGAACUUGGUCCUAGAGGUUAGCCUGGCCUUGUAUGUAUUCUGGAAAUCGACUAGCUUGCGCAAUAAUGUGCAGCUUCUUGUUCCUGCUCUUCUCUUGUUCAUUGCCGGAAUAAUCAAGUAUGGAGAGCGAACAAUGGCUCUCAUGUACGCGAGUCAGAAUGACAAUAGGAAACCUGGUUUUAAACUUAAUGAUCAAGAGAGGAUUUUACAACGGGUCAAGAGUGAUAAAGAUCAUGAGCUUGUUUAUUAUGCUUUAGUUUCAGACCAGAGCGUCCAGUAUGAGUACUUCCAAAGGCGUACGGCGAGUUACAAAAUAGGAGAAAAACCCAGUAAUCUCGACCCAGCUGGACUUAAUGACAGUGGCCUUGUGGCCAAGCUGUUGGAUGUACAGCUCAGCCUCUUGUACAAUGAUAUAUACACCAAGGCUACUUUACUUCGAACAAGGAGUGGUAUUUUAGUACGUUUAAUCUCUCAGUUGUCCACUGUUGUUGCCCUUGUGAUCUUUGGUGUCAUGGGCAAGAAACAAGCAGCAAGCAGGUUGUAUGGUAAGGCUGACAUUGUCAUCACCUACAUCCUAUUUAUCGGAGGAAUUCUUUUAGAAAUUUGUGCUGUGUUUACUGUGUUGAUGGCUUCACCUUGGACAUGGUUGUGGCUGGAGGAUCGAAGGUACGGUAGGCUGGCUAGGAUUUCAUGGUCUCUUACUAGAUUAUCAGUGACAAGGCCGAAAUGGUCAGGAAAAAUUGGGCAGUAUAGCUGUGUAAACUACAUGGGCAUCAAAGAUGAGUCAGCUACAUUGUCCCAAAAGGUGAUGAGUCUGAUGAGGAAGGCGGCGACAGCAAUCGGCGUUAAAGAUGUAAGGAAGAAGCUGUUUUGGGUGAGCAAGCGGCUAGAUUGCAGGUACGAGACUGUGGACAACAAGCUCAUGGAGUGUGUCCUGAGGGAGAUACGAACCAUCAUAUCUGAGUAUGAUGAGGAUGAUGAUGACCAACAGCCUCGGCAGUGGCCACAUAUGAUGCCGUUUCUGAAGAAGCUAGGAUCGACAUUUGUCACGGCGUUUCUCUCUGCCGUAUGUCAGCUGCACAUUGUCACUGAGGUUAUCUUGGCGUCGACUAGUGCAGAUGACAUGAAAUCAUACAGCGCCGACGCAAUUGCGGCCGCCCAAAUGUGCAAGAAGCUGUCCAACUACAUGAUGUACCUUAUUACUGCCCACCCAGAUGCUGCUUCUUUGCUGCAGGUCACCUCUAUCAUCAGUCUCGAGCUUGCUCUAGACAUGCAUUUAACAGCCACUGCUACUACAUCGACUAGGAAGAAGAGCAAGGAUGAAAUUCUGCGUGCUACUGGAGAUGAUCUCAAGGCUAAUUAUGGCAAUUAUGAUUGUUUUCCAUGGUCAAUGGCGCAGCGAGAGGAGGUGAUCAAGGAGCUUGCCGGGAUUUGGGUGAGGCUUCUCAUCUACGCCGCCGGCAAGUCGAGGACGGAGCUUCACGCAGCGCAGCUGGCCAGAGGAGGGGAGCUACUCACCUUGGUCUGGCUGCUCAUGGCGCAGCAUGAUCUUGGGGAUGUCACGUUUAAUCGUGUCGAGCUAAAUGGCAGGCCUGAUGAUCCCGUCACAAAUUUGCAUGUGCUAUAUGCCUUCCAUGUCUAGUCCAGAACUCCAGAUCGUCAAGCAUUGUUAGUUAGUUCCAUGUAUGAGCAAAUCGGAUGAUUUAUUGAACUACUUGUUGGUAAUAUAUUUUGUGCAAUGUUUGCAGUUGCAGCGGUAAGGAAA